AAUAAGUCCAUCAUUGACAUUUCCUUGCUACUAAAUAUUCCACGCUCAACUGUUAGCGGUAUUGUAACAAAGUGGAAACAACUGGGAACAACAGCAACUCAGCAACGAUGUGGUAGGCCAUGUAGAAUGACCGAGUGGGGUGAGCGCAUACUGAAGCGCACAGUGCGCAGACGUCACUGACUGUCUGCAGAGUCAAUAGUUAAAGAUCUCCAAACUUUGUGUGGCCUUCAUAGAGCUCCAUGGAAAAUGGGAAAUGGGUUUCCAUUGCCAAGCAGCUGCAUCCAAGCCUUACAUCAUCAAGUGCAAUGCAAAGCGUCGGAUGCAGUGGUGUAAAGCAUGCCACCACUGGACUCUA